AUGGCAAAGAACAUCGACUCUUUCGAACAACUUACGACCCGAAUCGGAAGUCUGCGGAUGAGAAGAUGUGGCCCAACACCAGCUUUGACUAUCUUCGUCGCUUACGCUCCAACAUCAAGCUACGAAAAAGAAGAAGUCAAAGCUUUCUAUAUGGACCUGGAGAAGUUCUACCGAGAAGAGCAUGCCUUCUACAAGGUCAUAAUUGGCGAUUUCAACGCCAAGGUUGGCCCAAGAAGAACGCCGGAGGAACUUCACAUCGGGACCCACGGCCUACAAUGGAAUGCCCAGCGGGAGAGGCUCUCCAAGUUCAUCAUGAGGACUAAGACCAUCCAUGGGAACUCGCAAUUCCAGAAGCCCACCUCUCUACGCUGGACGUGGGGGUCACCCGAUGGAGGGUACCGUAAUGAAAUAGACCACAUCAUCGUCAAUAAAAGGUUCUGCCUGACGGACGUCGCUGUUGUACCAAAGUUCUAUACGGGAUCGUACCAUCGCCUCCUCCGAGGAAGAUUUUCCUUCACAAGGAGAGCAGAGAAGGCCGCCAAGUUCAGAGAGAGAAGUCCCAGGACUAUCAUCAACUGGGAUCUCUUCGCUUCGGUAGCCGGUUUUUGA